AUGUCUCGGCAAUCAAGUGUAUCGUUCCAGAGUGGGGGCCGCCGUGGCUUCAGUGCCUCCUCGGCAAUCACCCCUUCUGUCAGCCGGACCAGCUUCAGCUCUGUUUCUAUGUCCCGGGCAGGAGGUGGUGGUGGCGGUGGUUAUAGCCGCAUCAGUGUUGGUGGUUCUGGAGGGGGCUUUGGCAGCCGGAGCCUUUACAACGUUGGAAUGUCCAAGAGGAUCUCCAUGGGAGGAGGUGGUGGCUUCAGGAGUGGCUAUGGAGGGAGAGUAGGAGGGGGAUAUGGCUUUGGUGGAGGAGCUGGUAGCGGAUUUGGUUUUGGAGGUGGGGCUGGUGGUGCCUUUGGGAUCGGUGGUGGAUCUGGCUUCGGUGGAGGUUAUGGGGGUGCCGGGUUCCCUGUAUGCCCCCCUGGUGGCAUUCAAGAAGUCACUGUCAACCAGAGUCUCCUGGCUCCCCUCAACCUCCAAAUUGACCCCACCAUCCAGAGGGUGAGGACUGAGGAGCGGGAGCAGAUCAAGACCCUCAACAACAAGUUUGCCUCCUUCAUUGACAAGGUCCGUUUCCUUGAGCAGCAGAAUAAGGUGUUGGACACAAAAUGGACAUUGCUCCAAGAGCAGGGGCACAAGACCUUGAAGCAGAAUUUGGAGCCACUUUUUGAAAAUUAUAUCAGUAAUCUCAGAAGGCAGCUAGAUAGUAUUUUGAAUGACAGGGGCCGCCUGGAUUCUGAACUAAGGAACAUGCAGGAUACAGUAGAAGAUUUCAAGAACAAGUAUGAAGAUGAAAUCAACAAGCGUACUACAGUUGAGAAUGACUUUGUUAUACUCAAAAAGGACGUAGAUACUGCCUACAUGAACAAGGUGGAACUGGAAGCCAAAGUGGACAGCCUUGGUGAUGAGGUCAACUUCCUGAGAACCCUCUAUGAAAUGGAACUCUCUCAGAUGCAGGGUCAUGUCUCUGACACCAACGUUGUCCUAUCUAUGGACAAUAACCGUAACCUUGACUUGAAUAGCAUCAUUGCUGAGGUUAAAGCUCAGUAUGAAGACAUUGCCAACCGCAGCCGAACAGAAGCUGAGACUUGGUACCAGACUAAGUAUGAGGAGCUGCAGCAGACAGCAGGACGCCAUGGAGAUGACCUCCGUAAUACCAAGCAUGAGAUCUCUGAGAUGAACCGGAUGAUCCAAAGGCUGAGAGCUGAGAUUGACAACAUCAAGAAGCAGUGUGCCAAUCUGCAGGCUUCCAUUGCUGAUGCUGAGCAGCGUGGGGAGCUGGCCCUCAAGGAUGCCAGGGCCAAGCUGGCUGAGCUAGAGGAUGCCCUGCAAAAGGCCAAACAGGAUAUGGCUCGCCAGCUGCGCGAGUACCAAGAGCUGAUGAAUGUCAAACUUGCCCUGGACAUUGAGAUUGCUACCUACAGGAAGCUGCUGGAGGGAGAGGAGUGCAGGCUGAGUGGAGAGGGAGUUAAUCCAGUCAAUAUUUCUGUUGUCACGUCCAGCGUGUCCAGCGGCUACGGCAGCGGCGGUGGCUACGGCAGCGGCGGCGGCUACGGCUUUGCCGGCGGCUACGGCCUUGGCUCAGGGCUGGGAGGUGGCAGCGGCGGUUACUCCAGCGGAGGCGGCGGUGGGCUCAGCGUGGGAGGCUCCGGCUUCAGCUCCGGCAGCGGCCGGGGCCUGGGGCUUAGCUUGGGCGGAGGUGGGGGCAGCAGCUCCAGUGUUAAGUUCGUGACCACCACGUCUUCCUCCAGCCGGAAGAGCUUCAAGAGCUAAACAUGUUCUCAGCAAGUGUCUUUCACUUGUCUAUCAGCUCUCUUUGUCCCAAGGCCACUGCCUGAUGGAUCCUCUUUAGCUUGGAUGGCAGCCAAGUAACUCUCUCCUUUCCUAUCUCCAGCUCCCCCUCUCCCGCCCUUUCUACUAGAGUUUAGUCUAGACGAGACUCGGGGGUGAUUUGUAUUCACGAGCCUUCCUGGUCGCCUCCAGCACUUAGCACCCUCAUCGCUGGUUGUUAGCUCCCGGCCUGGCCAGAGGCCAUCAGAAAAUGCUUUCCAAUGAACCUUGGAGGCCUUGUAAGUAAUCGCUAUCCUCCUUUUCCACACUCCACUCAUUAGUUCACUUCACUCACCUAAGCACUUAGCCCAAAGCUAUGACCACACCCUCCCGUCUG